AUGUGUAAGAAUGCUGCUACUGAAGAUCAAGAUAUAUUGAAUAAGAGUCUUGAAGAAUCUAAUAGGAAUACCAACACAAUGACAACACAACUUGAAGAAGCCAGAGGAAUAUGUGAAGAAAUAAAAUCAAAUCUUGAAGCCAAGAAAAUAAGGUAUGAGGAGUUAGAAUCAGAAAUAAAAGUCAAAGAAAAGGAGUGUCAGAACCUAAAGGAUGAAGUGGUAAAGCUCACAAAAGAGAUUGAGAAGUGCCAAGAUGAUCUUAAGCUAAGAAUGAAGUUUGAGGGUAGCACCAAUGCAUUGAACAAUAUGUUGGAUAAACAAAAUAAAAACAAGGAUUCCACAAGCCUAGGAUAUGAAGUUGGUCAAUGCUCUAUCAAUACAGAUUCAUCAAAGAAGGAUAUAAAAUUUGUGUCUUCAAGUGAAAAUGGUCAAAAUAAAACCUUCAAAGUCAAGAAUUCUCCAAGGAGGAAGAUUGAUUUAACUACCACUACUGAAAGUAUAAAGACACUAGCUGCUGCUACAAGGAAAAUUAAUACUGAUUCAAAAGGAAAAGGCAAGCUGACUAAAGAUGGAUUCAUCAAAGAUAAGGACACAAGAAUAAAGUUUAGGAGACCUCCUAUUGGAAGAAUACUAGGAUAUGUUGGUGCUCACAAGACUAAACAAGUUUCAACCGAGAUGUACAUCCAAGGGGGAGUAUGCUAUAAGAAGGUUUAG